AUGAACCUGGUUCCUGUGGAGCAAAGAAUAGAUGCAGCAGAAGAAGGAUGGGAAGGAGUGAAAUCAGCUCUAACUGAUUUGCAGCAACUAAUGAACAAUCAGUGUUCUCUACUUGCGGAAAAGAUGACUGAGAUGGCCGCUGAGAACAAGAGAGUUUGUUCCAUUUUUUCAGAGAACAGAGGUAAACACAACAGCUAUAGACUACCGUCGCCGCCACCACCACCGGAAGUUGAAACAAAGAAGUCAUUCUACACGUACGAGGAUGAAGAAAUGAUGAAGGUUGCUGUGAGAUCUCUAGAAGGCGACGCCUUACUUUUCUACGAAUGGGAGCAUCGGAGGCGGCCCAUACGAGAUUGGGAAGAGCUUAAAGGAUUAAUACGUCGGCGGUUCAAAUCUUCCAACGACGCGGCAGAACAUAUUUUGGCGAAUUCUGAGUUUGGAUCGCUAGAAUAUUCCGACCAUGACAGCAGCAAGAAUGCAGUUCCAUUCCCAGGAGGUCCCAAGCUGCCUUCCGAAGAGCUAGAGAUGCCCUUGUUCGAUGGUAAUCAGUCGGACUGGAUCCUAGAGGCUGAAUGGUAUUUUUCUUUUUACGGAUUGAGAGAAGAAGAUAAGCUCGAUGUUGCAGUGAUGGCUCUUCAAGGCGACGCCCUAUUGUGGUAUGAAUGGGAGCACCGAAGACGAUCCAUUAAAGACUAG